CCCAGAGCGAGGCAAAAAAGGAAGACAUUAAUAUCCAAUAUACUGUUAACUUUGCUUUAACCAGGCAUGUUUGAUAAGAUAAGUGUUAAUGUAUUUGUGAACACAGCCAUAAAUGGAUACGAAGAUCAACGAAGAUUUUGAGCUGAUCAGAAUCAACACUAGGGACAUACUGACGUUACUGCAACGACAGGAGGAAUGUGGAGGAAAUGUGUGCAGAAACGCUGCUUCUCUUGCAAAGCUGAAACAUGACUUAGAGGCCCUAACUCAGCGAGUAUCAUCAGCGGAAGAAUCGGUACAAGAGAGGAUCGAAAGGAAAAGAAACGAGAAAUACAUGCGUCAACGCUUCGACGAGUUUCAUACGCAGGUAGAUGAAAUGCAAAAUCUUCUCCGUCAUGUGCAAAUCGGAAGCGUUACGAAUAGUAAAUCCCUCGAGUCCACACCUGAUCGGGAUGCUUCGGGGAAUAACCCUGUCUUAGAGACUGAGAAAUGUACAGUAAUAAGUGAGGCUGGAGUUCAAAUCCAUGUGGGUGGCACAGUACAGACAGAUGUCAAUGUCCCACACCGUAAUCAGAAUAGCUACAAUUCCGACAAUACUGCUCGCACGACACGAACAGAUUUGGGUUCAUCAUCGAUGCGAGGCAAUUUAUUUAAACCUGAAACCAGUCAACAAGAAUUAAUACAUCAGACUUCGUCUGAUCCAACUACAGUAGCAGAAACAAGAACGAACCCACCCGGAGUCGUGUCUCCAUCGGGACAGGCAACGAAUUCGGCAAUGGAUACAGGCACCUGGAUCGAUUUAGCAAACAUGGCAAUGGCAGACGCCCGGUUACGGAUGCAAUCUUUAAAAGGAUUUCAUACCGUCUUGUUGCUAGACAUAUCAGAAAGUAUGCUUUAUGGUAACGCAUGGGCGCAAGCAAAAACAUUCGUGCAUGAAUUUCUCGAAGGGUUACAAGAACACGAACCCCUAUAUCAACAUCCGGGUCGGAAGGAACACGUAGCACUUGCAACAUUCGGUCACAAAACCCAGCUCGAUGUGUUAAUGACAACUGACUUCACUGCGAUUCGAGAUACCAUAGAGUCCAUACAGUUGGGAGGACCAAGUCCACUUUAUGGAGGGCUUAUGUUCGCUUUGGCAGGUGCAUUGGCAGCACAGAUUCCUUCAGAUAACCCGGAGCACACCAAGAACCUCGUAAUACCCAACCGUAUCAUUGUGAUCUCGGAUGGUCGCCCUACUGAGACUUCUAGGGCAGGUGGGCCUGACAUCGCCGACCAGCAAGCACAGGAUCAGACCUUUGCCGAAAUUGUGAACGGAAUGCAUAUUUCAGACAGCAGGUUUAUAUCUGUAUUCCACGUUGGCGUUGGUGAUUACGACAGGAAUUAUUUAGAAAUGAUGACUGCGGACUUGCCAUGCAACAAAGUCUUCAGUUACAAAGACGGACGAAGACUGUCACGCCAAAACUACUUAGCGAUGAAAGUAUCGAGUUUGGAACAGGCACUUGCUGGGCUUGGAAAUGAAUUUGGGUCCGACAGAACUCUGACACGGGAAGAUAUUGAAGACGUGCAUACUAUACAAAAGACAUCACUCGUUUAUCACGCACGAAUGCUACGUUCGCAAACACGUGACUCGUCAGACAAGUACCAUGAGAGAUUCAAUGCGCAACUACCCGUGAUUGGUACUCGUGUGGUUAGAGGGCCUGAUUGGAAUCAUGGAGACCAGGAUAAGAAUGGACCUGGAACAAUCGUUGGCCACGCGGUAGAUGAUGCUGUUGUCUGGGUACAAUGGGAUGCGAAACCUAAAUUAGGUUGGUAUCGAUAUGGAGAAGAAGGCUUUGGUGUUCUUAUUUCUGAUGAACCAAGACAGAUUCCUCCAGGCGAGAUAAUAGCCGUAGGAUGUCAGGUCAAACCAUGUCCAAACGCUAAAAUAGAAGGUGUGCAUGCUUGGAACACGGGAGUUGUUAUCAAAGUGAAUCCACCGAAGGCUCACGUACGAUGGAAAAACGGGAAACGGGGAGAUUAUUUCUACGGUGUUGAUAGAAAAGCCGAAAUAGAACUCAGUUCCAUAUCCAAUGAAAGAAGCGGAUUAGGUGCUGUCGAAAUACCUCUUUCAAAGAGGAAGAGCAAUAAAAUCAAAAAGAAAGACACUGUUUGAUCGAUAAAAUGUGUAUUACCACAUUAAUGUGCAAAUGAGAGGUUUAUUUAUCGUUUUCAGAAAUAUUAUUUCAUGUAAUUUCCUCAAGUAUAUGUAAGCUUGACGAUGUUUCGUGUGCGAUGUGUCUGUGUGGCAGUUUUGACUUAAAAUGUGCGGAUCCUUGAACCAAGAAUUGGUUCAGUGGUGAUGAAUUUAGUUUAAAAUGGUAUAUCAUUGAAUAAGAAUUUGUAAACUAUGGUAAUAAGGCCGCAUAUGCAAGCAUUUGUUAUUGUGUAUUUAACUAGUUUUUUAAUGCAUGAAUUGAAUUGAAAUGUAUGUUCUGCGUCGUACUUAUCAAAAAGUGACCUCUUAACAUUUGGUUUCUUAGUGUCGGGGCAUAUAAUUUAUAACUAACCGCGUUCAUUCAACUACAAGUCGGCUCAGGUCGACACAAGUUAACGUAUACGGUACGAUUAAUUGUCAACCAUUUCUUGUGUUUGACAAUUGGUAUGAUUACACACUUGUAAAUAGUAGCACGCUUCAGUGCUUCCGAAUCGAGUGCGCAUUUUCCACCAAAUUAUCUACAAUAAUUUCAUUUCCGUUAUCACACAUCUCUUUAAGAAAAAGAUGGACAGAUCUUGUGCAGCUAAAUAAAUAAUCAAUAUACAGUUAUCACUGAACAGAAACAGAAUAUUCUAUAGCAGGCUUUCAUGUCUUCUCAUCCUUUUUAAUGUUUAUGAAGAUGUGGGAGAAUAUUAUAACAGGCACAAUACGUUUGCGAGGUACAUUUCAACGUUAAACUAAUUAUUAAAGGUUUACGUACAUAGAAACAAAUUGACAGUGACAUGUAAACGCCAAUGUCGAAUAAUAUGGUAUUGGGCAUCGAGAAAGUUUCAAACUUGGCUAAAACUGCGAAGAAAACAGCAAGUACAAAUAUGAUUCAAUUUAUAAAAUUUAAAACUAAAUAAAUCUGGAAUACUAAUGAAAAAUAUGCAUUAUUUAUGAUUUUAUAUUAUUCCAUUUAACAUUAAAACAAUGGAAAAAACUAUAACGAUAUACAUAUAAUAGUUAAUGAGCAAACAUGGAUUUGAAUUAUUGUUAAAUGAACGAACAUUAUAAUAUGCUUGGUAAUACUAGACGGAGCUAUCAAAUUAAAACGAGGCGACAAAACACAGAAGCUAUAAUAUUUCUGUAUUGUUAUUGAUACCCUUUGUUUGCCAGUUAUUAGGUUUCGUAUGAAUAUUUGUUUCAACCACUUGGUCUAUCUUGUAGACGUUGUUCUUCCUUGUGCCGGUUUGUGAUCCGCCAAGGCACGUCAUUGUAUUCUCACACUGUUCUAUGUGCAUUUCAUGUUAUUGUGUGUCCUCUUAUGCAUUUACACUUUUAUUCGUAUUGUUUCACGUUGUUUUAUGCAUUUUAAAUGAAUGUGUCUUUGUACUGUACACAUGUUGUUCAUGACACGUAAUUUCAGGCUAAUGCUGUUACGGGUUCUGAGUCAACAGUACAUUAUCAUGGCUUCAUGCAAGAUGUAUGUAUUGUAUGAAUGUAUUUAAAUGGGGCUUAUUUGCAUUUUUUUCUGUGUAAUAUAAGUGCGUCCUUAACGAAUAGUAAGUAUUCCUUUCUUUGUUUUAUCAGCUAAUCAAAUAGGUUAUGUUAGGUUACUUUACAUAUUCUGUUAAUGUGUCUAUCUAAUAAAAGGAUGAUAUAUUUUA